UCGGGCAUUGCCUGUCUAAUUACAGAUUCUCCCGAGUUAAGCCCAUGCCCUUUGUUCUCAUCCAUCCCCUAUGUCCUUUUAAGACGGCUGAUCUCCCCUCCUAUAGCUCGACUUUUUUAUCUUAUAUUCACUACCUUAAUAUUCACUCUCAUACACUCGUCGUUCGUUAACUUCUGCGUCUGUCACUCGCUCACAAGAUAAUCAUCACCUUACAGACUUUUAUCUUUACACUUAUUUAAUCAAAUCAGCCGCAACCACCAUCCACCAAAAUGUACCACAAGACUGCCGCCCUCUCUGGCCUCGUUGCCGUCACCGGUGUCAUGGCCAACAGCGAAGGAUACAGCACCAGCGCUCCUAGCGUAUCUGUCUACGCAACCUCCACUUCGGCGUACGAGAUGUCCACCUACGCAAGCUCCUACGCGACCUCCUACGCGACCUCUGAGGCGACCACCUACUCGACUUCGCACUCGAAGGCCUCGUACCCGAGCUCGCACUCGGCCUCGUACCCAGUCUCGCACGUCUCGUACCCGGUUAACACCACGACGCCCACCACCUCCGUCUGGCAGUACUACAACACCACCGUGCCCACCACGGUCGUCGUCCCCGUGCUCACCACCGUCUGCCCCGAGGCCACCACCCUCACCUACAGCGGCGUCCACUACACCGCCACCAAGGGCCAAACCAUCACCAUCACUAACUGCCCCUGCACCAUGACCACUUCCGUCCCAACCAUGACCUCCUCCCUCUGUCCCCCAGGCGUGACCCCCACCGUCGUCGUCCCAGGCAUGCCCGCCGGCACAACCGUCACCUACGGCGCCUCCGUCCCCGUCCCCGUCGUCCCCGGUUCCUCCGCCACCGUCGUCGUCCCCGGCACCGUCGCCCCCGGUACCCCAGCCCAGAACACGGUCCCCGCUGGCGCUGCCCCCGCUGUCUCCACUACGUACGCUGGUGUCCCGACUUCUGCUAGUGUCAGCGCUGUGCACACCGCUACGUCGUCCCCGAAUGCCGUCGAGGUCAGUGCUGCGGAGCGCGGGGUUAGGGGCGUUGGGUUCGCGCUUGUCGCGGUGGUUCUGGGUGCGCUUGCUUUGUAAGAAGCUAUUUGCGCUUUCUGAGUUGAGUUGAGGGAGUGUGAACGUGGGGAGGUCGUGUUGUCAAUUUGGAUACCGCAGAAAAGGGGAAAGGGGACGCAGAUGAUAAUGUCUAUUUAGAGUCCUGCUGCUGU